ACAGUUUGCCUUUGGAAGGCUCGGCGGUCACGUGUACCAAAAAGUUUCGAAGAAGGGACUAUCCGUCUGCGAAGCCAGUUCACUUUUAAGUAAAGAUCGCGCCCUCCAAAACCACAGAAGAUCAAAUCGAAGCGGGCGACAAGGACAUUUCCGCCAGGAUGGAAUCCUCCCGCGGGCCCCCCCGGGUCAAGAACAAGGCGGCGGCGCCCGUCCAGAUUUCCGCCGAGCAGCUUCUGCGCGAGGCCGUCGACCGGCAGGAGGUGGCCCUCCAGGCGCCGACGCAGCGGUUCGCCGACCUCGAGGAGCUGCACGAGUUCCAGGGCCGCAAGAGGCGCGGGUUUGAGGACUACGUCCGCCGCAACCGCGUGAGGCUCGAUAACUGGCUGAGCUACGCGCAAUGGGAGCUAGAGCAGAAGGAGUUUGCGCGCGCGCGCUCCGUCUUCGAGCGCGCCCUCGACGUGCACCCGAAUAAUGUCCAGCUGUGGAUCAGAUACGUCGAGUCCGAGAUCAAGAACCGCAACAUCAACCAUGCCCGCAACCUCCUGGACCGGGCCGUCACCCGGCUCCCCAGGAUCGACAAGCUCUGGUACAAAUACCUGUACGUGGAGGAGAUGCUGGGCAACAUCCCCGGCACGAGGCAGGUUUUCGAUCGGUGGAUGAAGUGGGAGCCAAAUGAGCAGGCUUGGAGCGCGUACAUCCGCCUGGAGAAGAGGUAUGGCGAGUUCGACCGGGCUAGAGACAUCUUCAGGGCCUUCACCAUGGUCCAUCCGGAGCCGAGGAACUGGAUCAAGUGGGCCAAGUUUGAGGAAGAGUUCGGAACCAGCGACUUGGUGAGGGAGGUCUUCCAGACCGCCAUCGAAUCGCUGGGAGAUGAGUUCGUCGACGAAAGACUCUUCAUCGCCUACGCGAGAUACGAGGCGAAGCUCAAGGACUAUGAGCGGGCUCGGGCGAUCUACAAGUUUGGCCUUGAUAACCUCCCGCGGUCCAAGUCGAUGCUCCUGCACAAAGAAUACACCACCUUUGAGAAGCAAUUCGGCGAUAAGGAAGGGGUCGAGGACGUCAUCCUCUCGAAGCGACGGCGUCAGUACGAGGAGCAGGUAAAGGAGAAUCCCAAGAGCUACGACAUGUGGUUCGACUAUGCCCGCUUGGAGGAGACAUCUGGGGACGUGGACCGCAUCCGGGACACGUACGAAAAAGCUGUGGCGCAGGUGCCACCAACCCAAGAGAAGCGGCAUUGGAGGCGGUAUAUCUACCUGUGGAUAUUCUACGCCGUAUGGGAGGAAAUGGAAGCCAAGAACGUCGAGAGGGCACGCCAGAUCUACGACACCUGCCUCGGACUCAUCCCGCACAAGAAGUUUACCUUCGCCAAGGUCUGGCUCCACAAGGCCUACUUCGAGAUCCGCCAGGCUGAGUUAACCGCGGCCCGCAAGACGCUCGGGCGGGCGAUAGGCAUGUGCCCCAAGGACAAGAUCUUCAAGGGAUAUAUCGAACUCGAGCAGAAGCUGUACGAGUUCGAGAGAUGCCGGACACUGUACGAGAAGCAUAUCACGUAUAACCCAUCAAAUUGCCAAACCUGGAUCAAGUGGGCCGAAUUGGAGAGAGGUCUGGACGACCUCGACCGGACCCGCGGCAUCUUCGAGCUGGGCAUCAGCCAGCCGGUCCUCGACAUGCCCGAGGUCGUAUGGAAAGCCUACAUCGACUUCGAGGAGGAGGAAGGUGAGUACGACAAGACGAGGUCCCUGUACGAGCGCCUUCUGGAGAGGGCCGACCACCCCAAGGUCUGGAUCAGCUACGCGCAGUUCGAGAUCAACAUUCCCGAGGCCGAAGCGGAAGGGGCCGAGGGCGCGGAGGAGGAAGACGAGGAGGAGCGGCCGGUCAGCGAGGAGGCCAAGGCGCGGGCUCGGAAGAUCUUCGAGCGCGCGCACCAGAGCAUGAAGGACCGCGAGCUCAAGGCAGAGCGGGUGUCGCUGCUCAACGCCUGGCUAGCCUUCGAGCGCACACACGGCUCGGCCGAGGACAUCGGCAAGCUCGAGGCGCAGAUGCCGCGCCGGACCAAGAAGAAGCGCAGGCUCGAGGACGACUCGUGGGAGGAGUACGUCGACUACGUCUUCCCGGCCGACGACCAGCAGACCAAGAAUCUGUCCAACCUCCUGGCCAUUGCGCAGGCCUGGAAGCAGACGGGGGGGAACAUUGCUGGGGAUGCUUAGUCGCGACCAAAUGGCUUUUUCUUUCUUUUCUUUUUCUUUUUUUAGACGUCGUUCCUAUCAUUGCAAGCCCCGUGGUUCAGGCGAUGACUACUGCUCCUGGCUGGGGGCAUUGGUUCAUGAUGGAUGAUGCGGCUGGGAAAGCUCAU